GGAAAUAUAGUUUGUGAUAUAAAAUACCAAUAUGAAGUGUUUACUAUUGUUAAUAACUUGUUUCACCGCUACAGUUCUAGGUUUUAAUUGUACUGGUCAAGACGAUGGAAUCUAUGAAAUUGGUUGCAAGUCUUUUGUAAGAUGUAAAGAUGGCGACGGUGAAACUGUUGAAUGUGAAGUAGGACUCGUCUUUAAUCCAGAGAUUGGAGACUGCGACGAUGAAAAUAACGUAGAACCACCUUGUGGAAAUUGGAUAGACUGUUCAAACAUCCCGGACGGCAAAUAUCCUGACUACGAUCAAGCCUGUACGUCUUAUUAUACGUGUCAAAGUGGAGAAUUCUUCGGUCAUAACUACUGUCCUGAAGGUCUGGUAUUCAACGAAGAAACUGAUAAUUGUGACUACAAACAUGCUGUUUAUGAACCAUGUGGUCUGGUACCUCGUCCAGAGAAAUAAUCAUUCAUUAUUUGUUAUUGUAUGUAAUAAACCUGUCUAAUCCAA